ACACACACAAAACGAACUCGUGUUUCACAUGGCUGAAUUCGGCUCAACGAAAACAACCGUAGCGACGAGCAAGCCAAUAAGCAAACCGCUCCCUUCGAAACGAAGAUUCGUGGGCGUAAGGCAAAGGCCUUCGGGACGAUGGGUGGCCGAGAUCAAAGACUCCUCUCAAAGAGUCCGAUUGUGGCUCGGGACUUACGAUACUCCGGAGGAGGCUGCACGGGCUUACGACGAGGCUGCGCGGGCCCUGCGUGGAGAAAACGCAAGAACCAACUUCUCCACACCGAUAACGAAUCCAUCGAACUCAAAUGGAAGUGUUGAUCCUAAUAUAAUGAAUGAUCAAUAUGAUUGUACUAGGUCAAAUAAUAGUGGUCAUAGUUUCUCUUCAUUGAGAGCUAAGUUGAGCAAGAAUCUGCAGGGUAUAAUCGCUCGAAACUCGGAGAAUAAUAAGGCCUUUAAAAGUCGAGUGAGCGACCAUUUCACUUUCGCGAGUAUUUUUCACUUUAGGGGAUAUCAGAAUCAGAAUCAGUACCAGUAUCAGAAUCAGAAUAAGAAUCGGAGUCAUAUUGAUAUGAAGAGAAUCGAGAGGGCGGUUCAACCUAGCGUCGUUGUGCCAAGCGUGUGUGAGGAUAACGAGCCGUCUCCUUCGGAUGGAUUGAUUUUGUCCGAAUACGGCUCGGACUAUGGCUCGGAAUUUUGGGCUGGUUUGUUGAGCCGAGGCAGCUUGGACUCGGAUGGAGCCGAUGUGUGUAGCUCAUCCGGUGAGUUAGGGUUUGGUGACCAUGGGAUGGGGUGGAUUAGUAGCCCGGAGGUGAUGAGCGGCGGCGGUGGCGGUAAGAGAAUCAAAGUUUCUUCUUCUGUGGUGGUUCCGCCAACGUUUACGAGUGAAUCUCCGGCGGCGGCGGCGCUGCCGCGAGAUAGUGAUUGGUGA